AAUGGAUAUCAUCUAUAAUUACAUAAAACUUGAUGAAGAUAUCGCUCAUUCUCGUGAUGCAUAUCAGCGUACAACACAUUUCAAUGAUUUAGCCAUAAAUGCUGUAGAAGGUGGGGCAAAUGUUGGAUAUGCAAGAGACAGAGAUUUUAAUUAUGGAUGGUGGACUGUUGAUCUUAAUGGAUAUUAUAGAAUUACAGAAAUGUGUUUCUAUAAUAGAGAAUAUCAAGAUAGUCUAAGAAAUUUUCUUGUUUAUACCGAAAAUCAAUUGCAUGAUAAUAAUGAAUUGUGUAUUAAUUAUUCAAAGAUUGUGACAGGAAAAUCUUUGUAUAAUGAUGAAAAUUUUCAUUGUGAACUAUGUAAUUGUACUGGAAAUUUUGUAUUUUUGCAACAAGCAUAUUUUGGAGUAUUUUUGAUUAUAGAAGAAGUGAGAAUAAGAGGAAAUUUAAUUAGAGAUUCGGAUGAAAAAUUAUUAUCACUUGAAAAUACAGAAUUAUUCAUUUCAAAUGUAUCAAAUCCUAAUGUUAAGUUGCUUACUGAUAGGCUAUAUACAACCUUUAUUAAUUCUGGGAAAUAUAUUGGAACCCAACCAUUUAUUAGAAUUGAUCUAUUGAAAUAUUAUGAGAUAAGGACAAUUUUAAUUGAUAGAACUGAUGAGAAUAUUCCUACAAGGCAAUACUUUGCUAUAUUUGUAAGUGAAUUACCUUUCACUUGUGGUCAAAUUUCAAAUAAAUAUCUAUUGGAUCGGAUAAAAACCAGUCUCUUUUAUGUUCCAACAACAUAUGUUGGUUCUAAAUCAAAAUAUUUACUUGGAAGAUAUGUUCUUAUAAAAUCUGAACUUGAAAAUGGAAAUUUGGAAAAUUAUCUUCCAAUAGCUAAUAUUUUUCUGUAUCGUAAAAGAGAAGAUAUAAAUCUUUCAACAAAUUAUAUUCAUUAUGAACAAAAAGGUCAUGUUUUAUCCAAGUUGAAAAAUGAUAUACCAUAUCUCUCUGGAAGUAUUCAAAUGAAAGCCAAUGAUAUUCUAACCAUAAAUACAAUAGAAAAUUUUCUUGAUGUAAUUUGCAUAACAUUUGAAACUGACAAUCAAUUAAUAGAAAAAGGAGUUGAAAUGAAGUUUUUUAAUGAAAGGAACACAGAAGCCUUAUUAGAAAUGACUACAAAUUUUGAAGGAAAAAUGACAAAUUGUGGAUAUUUUUUAGGAGUAAUAAUGAAUAAAUUAACUAUUCUAGCUAAAUAUUUUGUAGCUGCUAAUAAAUUUAUAGAGGAUUGCCAACAAUUAAAUUCACCUAGAAUAAUUGUUUCCAGUUUAUAUAUUAAUAAUACAAUGGAAAUUGGUGUGAUAGUUGGUAAGAAAUUGAAAGGAAAUGAUGUUGUAGUAGUUGCUGAACAUGAAAAGUCUAAUGAACAAUGUUUUGAAAAUGGUUAUAUGAUGACCCUUGAUGAUAAAAUACUUUAUAGAUAUAGAUGUCUAAAGAACAUUAUUUCUCUACAAAUUUUGAAAAUUGACCCAAAUAUCAAAAUUGAAGGAUUGUAUAAAUUUGCAACUAUUUCCUAUUAA